AUGUCGUUUCUCGAACGAAUUCAGGCAAAAAGGGGAAACUUACGGCAAACGGAAGUCAGCGUGUUGUUAGAAGAUGGGCGAGAAGUGCGAGAGAGACGAACGGCCGAUGGAGCUUUUGCUAGAAUUGUUGAAGACGAAGAUAGUGAUGAUGAACUAAAUGCUGCGGGAGACGAUGCGGUUCAAGCGAAAAGCCUAUCCAAUCGUCAACUGAAGAAACGCGAAUAUCGACGACGCCUCGGAUUUGUUGUUGAUGAAACCCCAGACCUUCAGCUAGCACACGUGUUUGAGAAUUUAUAUUUGGAUGUCGCUGCUGAUCUGGAAAUAUUGAGCACUGCCAAGAUCACCCACAUUAUUAAUUGUGCAACCGGCGUGAGCAAUUUUUUCCCGAAGAAAUUCGAGUAUUUAAAUGUGGAGAUGCUCGAUCUGCCUGAAACGCGUCUCGACGAAUAUCAGGAACGCGUCAAUGCCUUUAUUAGUGCCGCCACCGGAAAGGGCGGAAAACUAGUAAAGGCUAACAGAACAGCGGCUAAUCCCAAUCCCGGAUUUCUGAAGCAGCUAAAGGCAAUGGACUAUGCCGUA